GGGAGACAGAUGCUAUUAUUAGCGCACUUUACAUUUGGAAACUGAGGCAGAAAGCGUUUGAGUGUCUUGAGGCCAGACUUGAAUUCAGGUGGUCUUGAUUCCGGGUCUAGAUGUGCUGCAGAGUUUGCCAUUUACUGUCUCUGAUGAUCUGGGCAUCCAGCAUUCUGCUAUAAGAAGGCAGGCCGCUUCAGAAGCAGAGAGGUUUAGUAAAAGGUCCAGGCUUCGGGCACACUCCCAAGCCUUCAUCCUAGCUCUCACGCCUCCCGGCAUCCCGCCGCCUGGCCCGGUGACACUGCAUUUUACCCUGGGGCUGGAGCCGCCUCAGGGGCGCGAUGUGUGAGCUCCGCAGCCCCCUACGGGCAGUGCCUGAGAGCGGCUGCCCCGCCAGCCCCACCCAGGCCCCGAAGGGUCCGAUCCGAAGCGGGGCCGCUGAUCGGGGAGCCGAGCUCCUUCUCCAGCCCCGCUGGGAUCCCGGGGUUCUCCGCGGGCUGGGUCUUGCGGCUGCAUGGGAGCCGGCCGGAGAGGCCCGCGGCGGGGGUGGGGCGCGCGUGGCCUGGGCCAGGUUGGCCCGGCAGCCCCCCGCAGAGGGCCGCAUGGCGGACUACCUGAUCAGCGGCGGCACCGGCUACGUGCCUGAGGACGGGCUCACGGCGCAGCAACUCUUCGCCAUCGCCGACGGCCUCACCUACAAUGAUUUCCUGAUCCUGCCAGGAUUCAUAGACUUCACAGCUGAUGAAGUGGAUUUGACUUCAGCUCUAACUCGAAAGAUCACUUUGAAGACACCAUUGAUCUCCUCUCCGAUGGACACUGUAACUGAGGCCGAUAUGGCCAUUGCAAUGGCUCUAAUGGGCGGUAUUGGUUUCAUCCACCACAACUGUACCCCUGAGUUCCAGGCCAAUGAGGUGCGCAAGGUCAAGAAAUUCGAGCAGGGCUUCAUCACCGAUCCUGUGGUGUUGAGCCCCUCCCACACAGUGGGGGACGUUCUGGAGGCCAAGGUGCGGCACGGCUUCUCGGGCAUCCCCAUCACCGAGACGGGCACCAUGGGCAGCAAGCUGGUGGGCAUCGUCACUUCCCGCGACAUCGACUUCCUGGCCGAGAAGGACCAUGCCACCUCUCUCAGCGCGGUGAUGACCAGUCGCGACGAUCUGGUGGUGGCGCCGGCAGGCGUGACGCUGAAAGAGGCCAAUGAGAUCCUGCAGCGCAGCAAGAAAGGAAAGCUGCCUAUUGUUAAUGACAGUGACGAACUGGUGGCCAUCAUUGCCCGGACCGACCUGAAGAAGAACCGGGAUUACCCCCUGGCCUCCAAAGAUGCCCACAAGCAGCUGCUCUGUGGGGCCGCCGUGGGCACCCGGGAGGAUGACAAGUACCGCCUGGACCUGCUGACCCAGGCGGGUGCCGAUGUCAUUGUACUGGACUCGUCUCAAGGGAAUUCAGUGUAUCAGAUUGCCAUGGUGCACUACAUUAAGCAUAAGUACCCCCAGCUGCAAGUAAUUGGUGGGAAUGUGGUGACGGCGGCCCAGGCCAAGAACCUGAUCGAUGCAGGCGUGGAUGGGCUUCGAGUGGGCAUGGGCUGUGGCUCCAUCUGCAUCACCCAGGAAGUGAUGGCAUGUGGCCGGCCUCAGGGCACUGCUGUGUACAAGGUGGCAGAGUAUGCCCGUCGCUUUGGAGUCCCUGUCAUUGCCGACGGCGGCAUUCAGACAGUGGGGCACGUGGUCAAGGCCCUGGCCCUUGGAGCCUCCACAGUGAUGAUGGGCUCCCUGCUGGCAGCGACCACAGAAGCCCCCGGCGAGUACUUCUUCUCCGACGGGGUACGGCUCAAGAAGUACCGUGGCAUGGGCUCCCUGGACGCCAUGGAGAAGAGCAGUAGCAGCCAGAAGAGAUACUUCAGUGAGGGGGACAAGGUGAAGGUCGCACAGGGUGUCUCAGGCUCCAUUCAAGACAAAGGCUCCAUCCAGAAGUUUGUGCCCUACCUCAUCGCUGGCAUCCAGCAUGGCUGCCAGGAUAUCGGUGCCCGGAGUCUCUCUGUCCUGCGAUCCAUGAUGUACUCUGGAGAGCUGAAGUUUGAGAAGCGGACGAUGUCGGCUCAGAUCGAAGGCGGCGUCCAUGGUCUCCAUUCUUACGAGAAGCGGCUGUACUGAGGACGGCACUGGUGGCCGAGGAGGGGGUGGAGGAGUCCCCCGGGGGGCCCCCUUGGGCUCCGCCUCCCUCCGUAACUGAGUGGCCCCCAUGGAUUUGCACUACGGGUUCCCAAAUCCUCGCCCUCAUGGGAGGGGAGCAGGGAGCCGGAGUUGGCCCCUUAGGAGGCUGUGGUCUCCCCUCUCCCCUCCCCCUGAGCCCGGACUGCUCUCCCCAGAGGCCUGGAGAGCCCCCGGCCUCGUCCUCUCCCAGGAGCAGCUCUCUCAGGCCCCUGUGAGCCCCCCAGCCUGGUUGCCCAGGGCUGGCGCCCGCCUCAGGUCUCUCGCUGCACCCUGCUCCUUUCCUCCUGUGGGCCGUUCUGAGGCCCUGGCGCUGAGGCGGGGAUGGAGGCGGCUUCGGGGAAGGCCCCACCCCAGCAUUCCCAGCUUCUUCCCAGUAGGGUGCUUCCCACCCCCCACCCCACCCCCCCCCCCACCCCCCCCCCCUCACCCCCGGUCCCGCAGCAAAUGGUGCUCUCCUUGGCCCCGCCUCUCCCCCUGUCCGGCUGCAGUCCACUUCCUCAGAUUGUGGCUGUCGGGGGUCUCCAGCAGGGAGACCUCGUUCCUCCUAUGCCCCCGCCCCUUGCCCCACCAGCCAGAGGGAGGUCUCUGCCCCCUUCCCCUGGUCCCUCAAGCUGCCCACAGGGACUUUGUCUUAAGUCUGCCCUCCCCGGCGCCGAUGGGAGCAGAGACUGCAGAGAGGGAAGAAACCCAUCCAUCUCACUUCUUGCUGCUCCAGCCCAUAGCCUCCUCUCUGUCCCCAGUCACGGCUGAAGGCUUUAACUUUGCACACUUUGGGGCCACGGUUGUGUUGUUGUGUAUUAAAUAAGCUGAAUAAAGCAAGCGGGUCUCCAAGGA